GGUUCUUGAAUUUAUCAAAAAUGGAAGAAGUAAAACUCCAUGGAACAUCUUAUAAUUUGUUUACUUAUAGAGUUAUUUGGGCUUUAAAGCUAAAAGGAAUACCAUUUGAGUAUAUAGAAGAAGAACAUUCAAAUAAAGGCUCUUUAAUUAUGAAAUAUAAUCCAGCUUUUAAGAGAUUUCCAAUUCUUUUUCAUGGUGAAAAAGUAAUUUCUGAAUCUAUGGUGAUUAUUGAAUAUAUUGAAGAUACUUGGCCUCAAAAUCCACUACUUCCUAUUGAUCCUCUUGAUAGAUCCAUUGCAAGAUUUUGGGUUAAAUUUGCUGGAGAUAAGGGUUCAUGUAUCGGGGCAAUGUAUUAUACAAGUGGUGAAAAACAAGAAAAGGCAAUCAAAGAAACAAUAGAAAUGCUCAAAAUCAUAGAAGAACAAGCCUUUAUUGGAGAUCAAGAAAAUAAUUUUUUUGGUGGUGAGAAAAUUGGGAUUGUGGACUUGACUUUUGGAAUAAUUCCUCAUUGGCUUGAAAUUAUUGAAGAUAUUAUUGGUGUGACAUUAUUGGAACCUAAUUUAUUUCCUAAUUUAUUAAACUGGGUACAAAAUUUCAAAGAAGAACAAAUCAUCAAAGAGAAUCUCCCUAAUUAUGAUGAAAUGUUUGUGUUUUUAAAAAAUCAGAGAGAGAUGAUAUUGUCAUCUUCUUGAAAAUUUUAAUUUGUCAACUAUUUAAUAAAUUA